CCAACGAAUUGAAAAAUCCCUCGAACAACCCAAACCCCGUGUUUUCCACAACUCAAACCAAAAUCCACUUUAAAAAGCUAAUCUUUUCCCUUUUUAUUCACCAAAAACCUCCUUUUGGAUACCCCAAAAUCAUAACUAUGUGAAUGUGUACAUGAAAUGGAAGAAGAUCCAUUCUUUGACUCAAUAGUGCACAUCCAUAAAUCCAUAGAGCUUACAAUUAUUCAACUCAAAAACUUCAUUGCUAAAGACCCCAAUGGUUGCAUCCCUCUCUGCUGUAUCAAAAGAGGCUUAGAAUUUGAUAUUUCCAUUAAGGUUGCUAGGUUCCUAAGGCAAUACCCUUCAGUUUUUGAGGAGUUUAGAGGUCCUGAAUACAAUUUGCCUUGGUUUAGGUUGACCCCAGAAGCUGCCGAGAUUGAUGGAGAGGAGAAAAGGGUAAUUGAUGAAUGCAAGGAGGAUUUGAAGGAUAGGUUGAAAAGGUUUAUUUUAAUAAGUAAAGAUAAGGUUUUGCCUUUGAAGAUUAUUAAAGGAAUGGAAUGGUAUUUGGGGUUGCCUGAAGGUUUUUUGGAGGAUUCAAAAGGGAAUCUUGAUGAGUCUUUUAGGUUUAUGGACAUGGAAGAUGGGUUAAAAGGAUUGGCUGUUGAGAGUGAGGGGGAAAAAGUAUUGUCUACAAUGCAAAGAAAUGCGAUGAAAAAUGGUGCGUAUUUUGGUGGGGCAAUGGAAGGAAUUGAGUUUCCGAUUUUUCCAUCGAAAGGUUUACGGUUAAGGAGGAAGAUCGAAGGUUGGUUAAAUGAGUUUCAAAAACUUCCUUAUGUUUCACCUUAUGAGGAUUUUUCACAUUUAGAUCCUAAUAGUGAUGUAGCUGAGAAAAGGGUUGUAGGGAUUCUUCACGAGUUGUUGAGUUUGUUUGUUGAACACUCAGCACAAAGGAAGAAGCUUUUGUGUCUUAAGAAAUAUUUUGGGUUGCCACAGAAAGUUCAUAAAGCAUUUGAAAGGCAUCCUCAUAUGUUUUAUUUAUCUUUUAAGAACAAGACUUGUACUGCAAUUCUUAAGGAGGCGUAUUGUGGUAAGUCUAGUAUAGAGAGGCAUCCAUUGUUGGGAGUGAGGAGGAAAUACAUUCGAUUGGUUAAAGAAUCAGGUAGGAUUUUGAAGAAUAGAAAGACUAAUAAUCGGUUUAUUGAGCAAGAAAAGUUGGAGAAGGAUUUGGAUUUGGAUUCAGAGUCAGAAGACGGAACAGAGGUUCCUUUGUAAAUUAUGUUUCCAUAAUUUUUAAGUUAGACAUGUGCAGGCUAACACAAUAAGUUUGGGCAAGAGCUUCUCCUAGACAGUGAUUAGAGCUUAUGCUUAUAGACUAGCCUUUCAGUGGCAGGGGAUUUGUCUUAGCUAGACACUGGAACUAACAAUAGUACUUAAAAAGUGGCAAGUCUUGGACCUGUUGGUGCAUUUCAGCAGUUCUUUCAUUGUGAAGGUACUUCCGAAAAGAGCAACAAGAACAAGAAAAAGCAGCUGAAGGACGAUCAUUCCAUUGAAGAUUAGAAUUACAUUGACUAGUUUAACCAUUUUGAUCAUCAAAUGACUUUGAAUGGCAGUUUGUUGAAUCAUCCAACAAAACAGUCGCAGGAAACUAGUGUGUUCUUCAGUAGUGAAUUGGCCAACAGUAAAAAGCUUAAAAAUCAUUUUGAGACUGAAAAAUGAUGCUCCUUCCUUCUGUAUCUAUUGUCCAUGCCUGAGAUGAAGCAUUGCUUCCCUGGUAUCAUGAUCUGCCAAGUAUUUUUGGUUCACUGGGAUUCUGAAAUGCUAGCAGAAGUCAAAACUCCCAAGUUAACCAAAUCCUGUCAGCUACAUCUGGUAUAUAUGUCAGGUUGAGAUGUCAAACUGUUAGCGUCCAAAUAUAGAUUUGCAUAUCUUGCUGAAGUCAACAAAAAAAAAAAAAAACCACUAAUGCAUGCGUCAGGGAUUUUCAUUUUCAACCUUACUUAAUUCCCUUCAUUGACAAGUUUGUGCAGUGGGGAGUACAUGAAACUUAACCAUGAAUCCAUUGACCUGACAUAUUAUAAUGUUUUGAUUUCUAACUUGGAUACCUGCAAAGUCAAUUCUCUUCAACAUGUAAAUUAGAAUAGAAUGCCACUCUGGACAACUUAAGACAUGAAUUAGUAAAUC